AUGGCUGAACUACCCCCCUGCUUCGUCAACGAGGUCACUGAACCGGUCAGAGUUAUCAGCACUGGACCGAUACGACCAAAGGACGAAAGUUGCGCGUCAGAGGUCCAUCAGUUCUCGACCUUGGAUGAGAUCAAGUCUCACUUCAGCCGCAAUCAUGACUAUCCCUGGCACUUUGUGUCAAUAUGCCAGCAGAAUUCAUGGGAGCCGCUGCAGAUUACCAGGCCCAUGUUUAGCUUCCUAACCGAGACCUUCAAACUGAACUCUUCAGUUUGGGAUGUAUCGUCAUGCUUUUAUGGGAAGGACAUCGACGUUGAAUCGACCUUUUGCAUUCCGUUCACAGUGUCUCAAAAUGGUUCUGUAACAGAGCUGUCGUAUACUAUCCGAUAUCCUGAGUUUAAGCCAGGCCAAGGAACUUGGGUUAUUCGGCAAACUGGAAUAUAUCAAAAGUUCAACACCAAGUCGUGCGAGAACGUCAUAAUUUUGUUCAACCCUGCGCCAGCUUGUGCUUUACAACAAAAGGCAGAGAUUGUACUUUCCAAGGUUCCUCAAGAUAUCCACAGAGACUUCUUUUGGAUACACAAGGAGCUCUUCAACACAUACUUUUCGGCUUGGAGACUAUACAAUGUCCACUUGGAGAAGAUUCUGCUUCCAAUUGCCAGUAACGCGGUGUCAUCGUUUGUCGAGGAGCUGUCUGAGACUGAGUAUCAUCAUCUCCCCAAAUUAGCGUAUCUUGAAAGUCGCUUGGUACAGGUACCCUUCCUGUUAACAGCCUCUAAUGAUGUCCUUGCGGGAUUAUCGUCUCUAUGUCAAGGUUUUCUUUGCAGCACAGACGAUCAACUACAACAGACAGCAAGAGCGGCAGUGGUGCAAUUCAAUCAGCAGAAGAGUUAUUGUGAAGUCUAUAGUCGUGGGGCACAAUGCCUGCAACUACAGUCCCAGAAGAUCACGCAGCUUCUCGCCAACACUCUAAACUUUAGAGAACAGUCUCUAGCCAAGGCACAAAACACCACCAUGCUUCGAUUGAACAAGUCUGCUGUUUUCAUCACCACACUGACUUUGUUGUACUUGCCCCCUUCGUUCGUAGCAACCUUCUUCGGCAUGAACUUCUUCGACUUGGACGAAAGUGCAGAUCGGAUUGUGGCAACCCCCAUGAUCUGGAUCUACGUUUUGUGUUCAGCUGCUCUUACUGUUGGCACCUUCGUGAUGUACCACAUUCUGCUCGAUAGAACUGUCUUUGGUCAACUUACGGCUAAAGCUUUGACGUUCAAGACAUUUGUAAAAAGCAAAACUAAAAAGACUUUAUGUGAUACGGAAUUUGAAACUGUUUGA